AUGUCGCGUGCACAUUCGAGCGCGAGAGUCUCACGCCUCGCGCAUUUAAAGCCUGCACAGUUUCCAGAAGCAGUGAACUUGACAGCUCUGCUCUCCUCUGAUGUGCCUCAUGGAUCACAGGGAUUCCUGGACACUACAGGAUGACAGGGGUCAUCAGGGGCCAGCUGUGCGCUUUAAAAGCGCUGUCCGAAGCCUGGACACCCCGACCACUCGGACCACAGGCGCGCAGAGAAAGAGUCGCUGUUGAAAACCUCAUUGAUUCGCAAUGCCACUCUUACUGUUCGCCACUUUGGUGUUUUCUCUGAAACACGUUGACUGCGUGCAGAUCGAUAGUCAAGGCGCGCUCGUGAGAGAACAUCACGAGGCUUUCGCAGGUUCAUACUCAGACUACAGUCUCCAGAUGUACCCGAGGUACCCGCUGUACAUGAUGCAGUUAUACAGAGACUUCAGCGGGAACACACACACUCCUCCAGCCAGUGUCCACAACAGCUCUGUCCAGCAGGCGGACUUCGUCCUCAGCCUGAUUGCUCAAGACUGUCAUCAAACUGGUGAGCGAUGGAGCGUCACCUUUGACAUGUCUUCCCUCUCAGCGAGUGACAACAUUCAUCUCUCGGAGCUCCGCAUCCGUCUCCCAGCGUUUUCUGCAUCCAGACGCGUCAUGGUGGACAUCUUCCACUUGCGUAAACGGGAUUGUGAGUCAGACUCGGUGUUUUGUCGCAUUAAGAGACUUUUUCUGGGCAGCAUCAAGUCGGUGUCCGGCACUCCAGCAUCAACCUGGAGGGUUUUCAACGUCACAGAGCUGCUCCAACACUGGUUGAGUCAGGGAACGGAGACUCCCGAGAAGAUCCCAACACCAGAGGAUGGAAGCGGCGAAGAUUUAACAGAGCCGGUUACAAAGAGUGAGGACACUGGAAGCGGGGAAGGCUUAAUUGAACCGGUUACAAAGAGUUGGCGACGAAAAAUUCAGCAUCCCACAGCAGAACGAGUUAUGAUUGUAGUUUUCUACAAAAACAAGUUUUCCCACAGUGGCCAACGGGCCUCCAGCUUGAUGAAUACAGUUGCUCACUCCAAACAUGUCCUCCUGAGCCGGGCUCCAGACGAAGCUCAAGGUCGCCGGCACAAGAGGAACCGGGUCGAGAGGAUGCGCAUUCAGACGGAAGAGAGAAACGCGACGGGAGUCGAGCAACAUCAAGGAGAACUUUGCCGGCGAGUUGAUAUGUGGGUGGAUUUUGAUCAAAUCGGAUGGGAUGAGUGGAUCGUGCACCCGAAGCGUUACAACGCAUACCGAUGCGAAGGCCAAUGUCCAAGUCCACUGGAUGAGUCUUACAACCCAACAAACCACGCAUAUAUGCAGAGCUUGUUGAAGCUCUUCCACCCGGAGCGCGUGAGCUGCCCGUCCUGUGUGCCCACGCGCCUCAGCUCGCUCUCCAUGCUGUACUAUGAAGGAGACGGAGUGGUCAUGCGGCAUCACGAGGACAUGAUCGUGGAGGAGUGCGGCUGUCAGUGAACACUGAACAUGUCAAAUAUUCACAAUAUA